AUGUCCAUCCAUUUUGGAUGCACCAACGAAACCAGCUUCACCGCAGUCUACAUCUUCCGCACAGAUCCGCUUUCCGCUCAAGUAUUGCUAGCUACCGCUUUAGUCCAGGUCCGCCCACAUCAUGGUAAUCCAAUCACCGCCAGAGUGUUGAUUGAUCAAGGUUCAGAGCUCUCAUUUAUGAGACAGUCGCUCUUCAAGAAGCUUGGACAACCGCUACAGCGUGACAUGGUCAUGCUCAAGGGCAUUGGCAAUGUCUCCGCAGGAAGCUCACUAGGUGUGAGCACAAUUGAGCUUCGUUCGCUGUGUACGACCGCAUCAAUGCAUGUCAGCAUGCAUAUUCUACCAACACUGACGGUAGAUCUUCCAUCGUUCGUGAUCGCUGAUCCGAAAUGGCCGCAUCUUGAGAAUCUCAAGCUCGCUGACCCGCAGUAUCUACAGCCACGCCCUGUAGAUAUUAUUCUAGGUGCAUCACCAGCCGCACAGAUCAUGAACGCAGAGAUUCAACGAGGACCUCGCAAUGCUCCUAUUGCACAAUCCACCACGCUUGGUUGGAUUGUCUAUGGAGCUGUCACCGCUAAACACGCUUUAACAUCACACGCAGCACUACAUGCGUCAGUAGAUACUGAAUUACAAGACGCUAUCGCUAAGUUUUGGGAACAGGAAGGAGUUCCAUCAGGAAAUUCAUCGCUCAACGACGCUGAGGAAGACGAAUGUGAAGUUCACUUUCGUCAAACGCAUUAUCGACAGCCUGAUGGACGCUAUGUAGUGAGAUUACCGCUUAAAGCCCCCGAGAGUCAACUUGGCGACUCUAUUAACGCAGCCAUGGGGUCACUCCGCAGAUUAAUAACUCGCUUGUCGCGAGAAAAGGAUUAUUCUGACAUGUAUCAUGCAUUCAUGGCAGAAUAUAUUCAACUAGGACACAUGGUACGAGUUCCAAUCAACGAAUUGCCCGCAAACGCUUACUUCUUGCCUCACCAUGGGGUAUUGAAGCUUGAUAGUGCCACUACGAAACUCCGCACAGUGUUCAAUGGUUCCUGUGCAACAUCUACAGGAAUUUCAUUGAAUGAUAUUCUUCACGCAGGACCCAAAACGCAAAUUGACAUUUUUGACGUGAUGUUGAGAAUCCGCUGCAAUAAAAUUCUAUUCGCUACUGACAUCACCAAGAUGUUCAGACAGAUUGAGGUCGACUCUCUUGAUUGGCCGCUUCAGUGCAUUCUCUGGACAGAUGAGAAUGACCUGGUAGACGCUUACUGUCUCAAGACAGUCACAUACGGAACCGCUAGUGCACCUUUUGACGCUGUACGUGUGCUCAUUCAACUUGUGAAGGAUGAAGGACACCGCUUUCCGCUAGCUGUUGCUCCAAUGUUGGAUACACGCUACGUAGAUGACAUCUACGGUGGAGCAGACAAUGAAGAAGACGCUAUAGAGGUUGCAGUGCAAACAAAAGCACUGUGUGCAGCAGGCUGCUUCCCGCUUGCCAAAUGGGCUAGCAAUAGCCCACGAUUACUCGCUGAAGUCGCUCCAGAAAAGCAGCUGGAUACACCGCUUAAAGAAAUCAGUGAUGCACCAGUAAAAAUCCUGGGCAUGUACUGGAAUUCACGCACUGACGCUCUCCAGUUCAAGUACACGCUACCGCCAGAUACGCCUAAGACAAAGAGAGCUAUUUUGUCUGAAAUCGCUAAACUGUAUGAUCCGCUAGGACUUCUCGCACCAAUAGUCGUCAAAGCCAAGAUCUUUAUGCAAGAUCUGUGGCUAGAUAGAGUGUCAUGGGAUGAACAAUUGUCACCAUCACUCAUUCACAAAUGGACUGGAUACCGCGAGGAUCUUCGAAACAUCGAAUCCAUCCGCAUUCCACGCUGGAAUAAUAUAGCACCUGGAGCAACUAUGGAAUUGCACGGGUUCUCAGACGCUUCGCAAAACGCUAUGGCUGCCGCUGUUUAUUUGAGAGUCACUGACGCUGAUGGGAACACAAAGGUCUCACUUUUGUGUUCAAAAACGCAAGUAGCACCGCUGAAGACCAUGACAAUCCCACGCUUGGAAUUAUCUGCCGCAUGGUUGCUAACACAACUGAUACUUCAUGUUAAAGAAGUUCAGUCGCUUGAAAAUGUCAGGAUCAAUCUCUGGACUGACUCCGCCGUGACUCUCGCAUGGAUUAAAAGUCCAGCAAUCCGCUGGAAGACAUUCGUCCGCAAUAGAGUGGGAAAAAUCCAAGAAACGCUUCGAGAUGUCUCCUGGAAAUUUAUUCCAGGAAAACAAAACCCCGCUGACUGCGCUUCAAGAGGUAUACCUACGCUAAAACUGAAACAACACGCUCUCUGGUGGCAUGGACCAACUUGGCUUCAUGAACCAGAAUCCUCUUGGCCCACUCUGGAGCCUCCAAAAGACAACGCAACGCAUCGAGAAGAACGCCAAGGUCUGACACUAGUAACUUGGAAAGCAGAAAAUUGCCUGCUCCAACAAUUACUGUCGCAUUACACGCAGCUGUUUCCACUGCUACGGAAGCUUAGCAUCUGGCAUCGUGCCAUCGACCGCUUUAAAAGAGUUCCACAAUCUUCGCUGGCCUACCCGCUUACUCCAUCAGACCUGCAGCGCGCUAAAUUGACCUUGAUUAAGUUCACUCAAGGACAAUACUUCGCUAGAGAGAUUCACACGCUACUAGAUGGUGAUGGGGUCCUGAGAGCCGGUGGCCGCUGGAACAACGCAUUGCUGGACCCAGAAGAGAGGCAUCCAGCGAUUCUACCGCGACAAUCACCGCUUACAUCAAUUUUGAUUGAUGAUUCGCACCGCAAAACGCUUCACGGAGGUACUCAGCUUACGCUCGCUGACUUACGCAAGACUGUCUGGAUCAUUGGAGGCCGUGUUCCAGUCAGAUCAUUUAUUUUACGCUGCGUUAUCUGCACGAGACACCGUGGAGAACGCGCUCAACAGUUGAUGGGUCAACUACCCGCCGCACGAGUACAGCCAACUCGAGCCUUCUUGCAUACAGGACUCGACUACGCUGGACCUAUCACGCUGAAAACGUUUCAAGGACGUGGAGCAAAAACAUACAAAGGCUGGAUUGCAGUCUUUGUAUGCAUGUUCAGUUCAGCUGUACACUUAGAGCUAGUAACUGACUACACCGCUGCCGCUUUCAUCGCCGCUUAUCGCCGCUUCACUAGUCGCCGAGGUAUCUGCCACACGCUAUAUUCAGACUGUGGAACCAAUUUUGUAGGAGCAGAUAAAGAGCUGAAACGACUAUUCGCUGCAGGAUCCCGUACAUUACGAGAAUUAUCAACCUUGAUCGCUCAAGAUGGCACGAACUGGAAAUUCAAUCCGCCUGGAGCUCCACAUUUUGGAGGAAAAUGGGAAGCCGCUGUGAAAUCUAUCAAAUUUCACCUUCGAAGAACAAUCGGAGACUCGCUGUUGACGCUUGAGCAAUAUUCAACGCUACUGGCUCAAAUUGAAGCCAUAUUGAAUUCCAGACCGCUCACACCGCUGAAUGAAGAUCCUGCUGACCUGGCUGUACUGACUCCAGGUCACUUCUUAAUCGGACAGUCACUGACCGCUAUCCCAGAGCCAUCGCUGACAGAUUUACAACCUGCUCGGCUCUCGCACUGGGAACAAGUCCAGCAAAUGGUUCAACAUUUCUGGAAACGCUACUACCAGGACUGCAUCCACCGCUACCAGGCCAUUUCAAAGUGGCAUCAUCGACGCAACCAGAUCAAGGUGGGUUCAGUAGUACUGAUCACCACUGAGGAUCUCCCGCCAACCAAGUGGCCAUUAGCCAAAGUAAUUGCUGUCCAUCCAGGUGAAGAUGGACAAAUCCGCGUAGUAACUGUUAAGACAGUUAACACAGAGCUGGUACGUCCAAUUACAAAGCUCUGUGUCCUGCCGCUAACGCAUGAAGAAGAUGAUCUUGUCGACGCAGCCGCCAACCCGGGGGAGAAUGUUCGGUGA